AAAAAAAGCAAAAUGGCGGACCAUACACGUGCAAAAUUGUUUUUGUAAAUAUUCUCUAAUACGUUGUCUGAAACAGCAUUUUGUUCGAGUUUCAAAGAUGGGAAAGAUAAAGAAAUCUAUAAUCUCCGCGCAGAGAGCGUCAAAGAAAGCGCAACGUCAAGAAAGCGUCGCGAAUAAUCCAUUUGAAGUUCGGGUGAACAAGAAGAAGUAUGAGAUUCUUGGUCGAAAAAUGAAACAUGAACGAGGCUUGCCUGGCGUUUCUCGGUCAAAAGCUUUGAAGAAGAGAGAAAACACUUUACUUGUCGAAUACAAACAGAAAAAUAAGGCAAAUGUAUUUGUGGACAAGAGAUUUGGUGAGAAUGAUAGUGAAAUGACCCUAGAGGACAAACUCUUGAAGAGAUUUGCAAUAGAAAAACAGAAACACCAUGAGAAGACUGGUAUUUACAACCUUGAAGAGGAAGAACUCACUCAUCUUGGGCAGUCUCUAGGAGACAUUGACAAAUUUGAUGAUGUUAGACUUAGUGAUGUUGAAGAGGAUGAAAACGACGACAUGGCGGAGUCUCAUUUUGGAGGCUUUUUAAAGAAGAAAAAGAAAUCAGACAGCGAUGAACAUGAAGAUGCAAAGCCAAAAACAAGAAAAGAAAUCAUGGAGGAAGUUGUUGCAAAAGCAAAAAUUAAAAAACAUGAAAGACAAAAAGCCAAGGAAGAGAGUACAACCAUGACAGAUUUACUGGAUCAAGACUGGAAUGAUAUCAGAAACUCRAUGUCAUUUAGAGAUCCUAAAACCAAGCAAGAUGAUAGCAAAGUAGAUGACUAUGACAUAACCGUGAAAGAACUAGCAUAUGAAGUCAAAGGAAAAGCUACCAACAGACUGAAAACAGAAGCCGAACUUGCUAAAGAAGAACAAGAGAAACUAAGGAAACUAGAGGAAGAAAGAAUGCGAAGAAUGAAGGGAAUUGUCGUCAGUAGUAAACCAGUACAUGUGUCAGCAGAUGACUUGGGAGACAGCUUUACUCUCCCCGAAGACACAAGGACAAUGCUUAGUUAUGAUGAUGGCAAAGUCAACCUUGCUGAUGGAGAGGAGACACUUGAUUAUGAGUGGUUAAACAAUAAUAAUAAAGUACAAGAGGCAGACUCAGAGGGUAGUGGACAAGAGAGCGAUGAAGAGGAUGAUGAUAGUGAUGAAGAGGAUGGUCACAGCAGUGGUGAAGAUAGUGUUGAUGAUGAUGAUGAUGAUAGUGGUGAUGAUCUUGAUUCUAAUGAUGGAAGUGAAUACGAAAUACAAGAAACAAUCAUGAAAAGCUUGAAAGAAAAGAAGCCUUCAAAAGAUACAGGCAAACAGAAGAUGAAAUUGACAGACAAGACAAAAGCAUCCAAUGAGCUUCCAUUUACUUUCCUUGCUCCUCAGUCAUAUGAAGACUUCAACAAACUGAUUGMAAACUGGCCUGAGAAAGACCAUAUCACUAUUAUUGAAAGAAUCAAGGCUUGUAAUCAUCCGAAAAUAAACCCCGAGAACAAGUCAAAGAUGGAGACAUUUUUAGCAAUUCUUCUUCAGUACGUGGGGGAAUUAACAGAACAAGAACUUCCAUCUCUCAAAACAGUGGACAAACUGACAAGGUUAUUGUUUGACAUGUCUCAGUUCUCUCCUAUACAUACAUGUCAAUGUAUGCAGAGUAUUAUCAAGAAAGAGCAUGGUGAAUAUGCAGAAAGGCAGCAACAAAGAGGUGGUGGGUCCAAAUUUCCAGGACUAAAAACAAUAGUAUAUCUUAGACUGGCAUCUGUGUUUUUCCCAACAUCUGACUUGAAACAUUGUGUGUGUACUUCRGCUAUGGUUUUUAUGUCACAAAUWUUAGCACAGACACAAGUACAUACAGUAUCAGAUGUUUUAAAGGGUCUUUUCAUUUGCAAUCUUUACCUUGAGUAUGUGUCUUUCUCUAAACGAUUUGUUCCUGAAGUUAUCAAUUUUCUUUGUGGAGUACUUUAUCUUGCAUCAGAAAACACUGCUCUUGCACUCCAUGUUAUUACUCCAUUUAAAAGAAMUGGAAAAUCUUCAGAAUUACUCAGAAUUUCAGAAGAAGCAAGGGAUGUUAUUCCAAAGAAGACAAGUCUUACCAAACUCUUUUCAGAUUCUGAGGAGAAGGAUUUAUUGCAAGCAAAGGUUAAUGCUGUAUACAUGGCUAUACAGUUGGUUGAUAAAUAUGGAAAAGUAUAUCAGAAAUUACCAGCUUUGAAAGAAAUAGUUUUACCAAUCAAGGCUCAUUUACAAAGGCUACCAGUACAUUUCUAUGCUGAUAAAAUUAAGGACUCAGUCUCSUCACUUAUUGAGCAAAUAAAUGCUGUUGAAAAUCAACCACGAAAACACUUGUCUUUACACACAAGAAAGCCUGAAGCUUUGAAGACAUUCAUGCCAAAAUUCCAGGAACACUAUGAAAUUAAAUCCAAGCGAACAAAACAAGGAAACAAAAAGACAAAUGAAAAAGAAAAAUUGAAAUAUAAGUUAAAACGAGAAUUUAAGGGUGCUGUAAGAGAAAUCCGUAAAGACAGUCAAUUCUUGUCCAGACAAAAACUUCAAGAACAGCUGACAAGGGAUGCAGAGCGCAUGCGAAAAGUCAAGGAAAUUGAGCAUCUAUUGAGCAAUGAGCAAGCAGAAGUAAACAUGCUGAACCGCAAGAAAAGAAAGAAACGAUAGUUCCAUAAGAUAAGAGUCUUAAUAUGUACAAUUAUAUUUCUUGAAAAUAAACAAUUUAUAAAUGCAA